CUUGUUUCAAUAUUCUUUUAACAACCGGCUGUGCUAUACGCGUCACUUUAUAAUUAAACCAAAUAUUGAUUAUCAAAAGUAAUUUUCCUUUUUUAAGUGACGCCAUUUUGUUAUUGGGAGCCAUCUUGAAAUGUCAGAUGAGGAAGAUUCAAAUCCAAAACCAGUGAAACUUCUAAUAUCAACUGAAAGUCUGAUAGGUCUGAUUAAAGAGAAACCCUGUCUGUGGGAUAAGACGGACGUGGGUUACAGGUACCGUCCCACCAGGGAACAAGCCUGGGUGGAGAUAUACAAGAAGGUGUACCCUGAUUAUGAUAAAUUGAAAAAGAAUAUGAAGGUUAAAAUUGGUCAACAGAUAUCAAAGAAAUGGUUCAACGUCAGGGACGCAUACGUGAAGUCAAUAAAAGACAGCUUCCGCAAACCUUACUUACAUUCAGAAAUGUUGUCCUUCAUAAAUCCGUUUAUAGUUGGUGGGACGCAGAACGAGAGCGUCUUUUUGGACGAACCGUAUGAGGGAGAGGAAUCAGAUCAUUGGAUGCAAGAAGAUUCAUUCGUAAGUAUAGACGAAGAGCCUAUAGAGAAGAAACCAAAAAUAGAAACCCAAAAAGUAGAAGUGGAAAUAAACCCAACUAGUGAUAGUGAAAAUUUAGUAUCUGUGCUUACGAAAUUGCUCAGCAGGGAAGAAGACGAAGAUAGAGCAUUCUUUACAUCUAUCACACCUGUUGUUAAAACGUUAUCAGUUCACGCCAAAUUAGAGUUCAAAGCUGAUGUUAUCAAGCUCUUGAACGAAGCCAAGAAAAGAGACACUAAAUGAACGGUAACUUAAAAGUUAAAAAAAAUCAUGGCACGUCAUGGCACGUCAUGAAGAGAUCUAUGAUUUUUUUAUAUUAAGUUUGUAAAUAAUAUCAAUAACAAUAUAUAUAUUAUAAAAUGUACUUGACGCAAAUAACAUUCCUCAAUUAAUUAUGUAGCAAUUUUAUUUAAUAUAGAAAUACUAAGUAAUUGAUCGUAUGUACAUUUUAUAUAAUCAAGAUACCAAGAUCCAAAUGAAAACUUGUUUUAUUUAAAUAUUUUUUUAAAACGAAAAGAAUCAACACAAAAAAUAUUCAAUUUUUCUUCAUAACUUCUCCUUUAGCUAGGUGAAGGAAUAUUGCAAUCAGCAUUGUAUUGUUUCUUGUCCUAUUAAAUUUUAACCUUGACAUUUCUGUACCGACAGAUGUAUUUUUUUUUAAUUUCCAAAUUCAUCUGCUAUUUUAGUUAUCGCAUCUGGUGCCUGUGAAUGUAUUAUUUUUUAAUUAUACAUGAAAUAAGUAAUUAACACAAUUAUUGAUGGAUGGGGAAUGCUGUGUUUUUUGAAUGAAAUUUCUCUUCGGAUAAUAAAAACAAUUACCAGGAGUUUGCUACGUUAAAUACGUGAAUCGCUCAGUUAAAACUAAGUGAUCCACGUAUUUUCAUUCAAGGAUAACCUGCAAAUGAUUUAGAAUUAAUGAACGAACUUAAUUCAUCAUCAUCAUCAGCCUAUCGGAGCCCACUGCUGAGCAAAGGCCUCUUCUCACAUGGAGAAGGUUAGAGCAUUAAUCACCACGCUUGCUCAAGGCGGGUUGGCGAUUUCAAU